AUGGCAGCUUGCAGCAAUAAGCAAAACCAACUCAAAUUCUCCAAAAUAGGGAUAAUAGGGGCAGGGAUAAGUGGCGUUGCAGCAGCCAAACAGCUAGCCAGUUUCAAGCCAGUGGUGUUGGAGGCCACUGACUCCAUAGGGGGUGUUUGGAAGCACUGCUCGUUCAGGUCCACCAGGCUCCAGACCCCUCGCUGUGACUACGAGUUCUCGGACUAUCCAUGGCCCCAAAGGGAUAACUCCACCUUUCCUUCUCACGUAGAGGUGCUGGACUACCUUCGCUCAUAUGCCACCCACUUUGAUGUGUUGAAGUUCGUGCAGUUCAACUCCAGGGUGGUGGAGCUCCGGCAUGUGAGUGGGCACCCGGAUGACCAUACCCGACCCGGUGAAUAUGGGAGCCUUCUGAAGGGUCAUGCAGCCUGGGAGCUGGGCGUGCAAGUUAAUCAAUCAGAAACCCUUCAGUGGUAUGCUGUUGAGUUAGUGGUGAUGUGCAUUGGAAAAUAUGGAGACAUGCCAAAGAUGCCUGUAGAUUACCCAGUUAAUAAAGGUCCACAGGUAUUUAGUGGUAAGGUGUUGCAUUCUAUGGAAUAUUCCAAGCUUGGCAAGGAGGCUGCUCAUGACCUUCUCCAUGGGAAGAAGGUUGCUAUCAUUGGCUAUAAGAAAUCCGCCAUUGAUUUAGCUGUGGAAACUGCCGCGGCAAACCAAGGACCGGAAGGGCAGCCCUGCACCAUUGUGUUUAGGACACUCCAUUGGACGGUUCCAUCAUACUGGAUUUGGGGGUUGCCAUUUUUCUUGUUCUAUUCAACUCGCUCUUCCCAAUUUCUCCACUCAAGGCCAAACCAAACCCUGCUCAGGACCCUCCUGUGCCUUCUUUUAUCCCCGAUGCGAAGAGCAGUGUCCAAGUUUAUAGAGUCGUACUUGGCAUGGAAACUGCCUCUGGGGAAGUAUGGGCUGAAACCAGAUCAUCCAUUUGAGGAGGAUUAUGCCUCCUGCCAGAUGCCCGUCUUGCCAGGGAACUUCUUCUCAGAGGCAGACAAGGGUAGGAUCCUGUUCAAGAGGAUAUCGAAGUGGUGGUUUUGGAGAGGGGGUAUUGAAUUUGAAGAUGGCACCAAACUGGAUGCUGACGUUGUGAUUUUUGCCACUGGUUUCGAUGGCAUGAAGAAGCUCAAAGCUUUAUUGCCUGAGCCCUUCUGCAGUCUAACAGAAGACUCUUCUGGGAUUAUGCCCUUGUACAGGGGUACAAUUCAUCCACAAAUUCCCAACAUGGCAUUUGUCGGGUAUCUUGAGAGUGUCUCUAACCUGCACUCUGCUGAGUUAAGGAGUAUAUGGCUAGCUCGACUAGCUAACAAUCAGUUUAAGCUUCCAAGUGUGGAGAAGAUGCAUGAACAAGUUACCAAAGAAAUGGAAAUUAUGAAGAGAACAACCAGGUUCUACAAGAGAUACUGUAUCUCUACUUUCAGUAUCAACCACAGUGAUGAUAUUUGUGAGGAAAUGGGAUGGAAAUCUUGGAGGAAGAAGAACUGGCUAUCAGAAGCUUUCAGCCCAUACACCAGCCAAGACUACCAGCAGGACAUAUGA